CUACUCUCUUUGCACCUGAAAUGCAUCAGCAGGUCGGCAUUGGUUUCUUGUGAGUUCCGUAUGGAUUUUAGGCUUAACGAAAUCGAUUUCAAUUUCAUCUCCGAGUCAGUCGUGUCAGUAAUUCAUGCCCAGCGUCAAGCUCCUCUGUUAUUUUUUUCUGUUUUUUCUUAGUUUUAGUCUGAAAGAAUCUUCUUUUUUUUUUUCUGGAAUGACCGAAGGAGGUCAUUCAAUAUAAUUAAGAUAGGAAGAAAAAGUUAAAAAAAAAGUUUUACGUCGACAGCUGGCUGUCGAGGAAGGAUGUGCACCAGAGCACACACCCCGAACCAUGUGCCAACCGUCCAAACACACACUACAGAGAGGAAAGCCAAGCACCGAACUAGCCAUCGCUAUGCGAGACCGAUCGCCACUGAGCUAACGACACCACUACGACACGAAGACUCUAAAAUAACACCCUCACGAGGGUCACGACGCCAAAAGACACCGCUGUCAUCCAUCCAAAGACUGGACAAGGUUUUCACCCAGAGCUCCUUGCCGAGGGAGGAGGGAUACCUCAACAGUGCCCUCAAGAGGGUUACUACGCCCGAAGACGAAGUCACUAUUGGCCCAAAGAAUUGGGCUAAGCUUUCGCUCGGCACCCUCUACCACCAUGGUACGUCACCCAAUCCGAAUCCGCCAUCUGAACAUCGGCGGCACAUGGCUUCCACCACACCUGACCGACGCCCCUCCAUCGGCCGGCUUCAUUGAACCACCAUCCCUAAGAACUGGCCUAGGACCUCUCCGUUCCACCACUUGCUGGCCUCCUCACCAGAUCUGGCCGAAGGAGAACCUGGGAUUGGAUGGCAUUGCUUCAGCAGCCUGAGCUUCCCCCGCUGACAAGCUGCCGCCUCAAUCCAGUCUAAAACUCCCCAUAACGAAGGGGAGGAGCUCCAAAAAGGGUGAGGAUGCUGACCGGCAACGAGGAAGACGACCCACCGCUGCCAGCUCCCUUAGCACAACCAUCUGGGCCUGCGCCAACGGUGGAAACGUUGCCGCUCUGGCUCCGGUGCCACCCGCCUGCGCUCCCAUUGCCCAGCCGCCGCUCCCCACCUAGCCACCACGGCGGCAUCCCGGUUGCCCAGCCGUCGAGGCCUGGCCGCUCGCGCCCGCACCGGCGAGCCACGGCCGCCGCGCCCAGCCGCCACUCGCCCACUCCUCAUCGCCGUCGAAGGCUCGGCUGGAACCGGACUGCACGCCUGCGCCGUGCGCGUUCGCACCCCGCCGGACGGACGCACCCCCUGCCUCCAUGCCCGCGCCGGCGCUCGGCCUCCUCGCCAGUGCCGCUCCCCGCCGCCAUGCCACUGCUGUUCCCCGCCGCCACGCCACUGCCGCUCCCCGCCGCCCUCCCACCGCCGAUGGUUCGGGGGCCAGCCUCCCACGCCGGGGAGGCCGGAUCCGGAGGGGAGGGGAGCGGAUCUGGUCGUCGGCCGCCGCUCUGCGCCGUUGGCACCUCCUGCCCGAGCUCACGCCGCGCUGCACGCCGUCGCCCCCGCCGCACGCACCGCACGCCGCCGCCCCCGCCGGUGGGGCUGUUUCCGGGCGGGGCGGUGCCGGAUCCGUCGCCUGGCGCCGGAGAAGUCGUCGCACCGUGCACCGCCGACCGCCGCCUCCCGAACGAUGCGCUGCUCCGCCUCCUGCGUCGAGGAGGACCUUCGCCGGCUUGAUUUCCCCGCCGCCACCUUCCCAGCCGGCCGCGCGGUUUCCGGCGGCGGCGAGGCGUCGAGAGAGGUGGGGAGGGGUGGCGGCGCGGUUGGCUAGGGUUUCGCCCCAAGCCGCCCGCGCGAGAGCGACGCGGGGCGCGCGCGAGUCAUCCUCCACCUAAAAGAAACUACAGACAUGAAUAAGAGCUGGGCUCUGAGAUGGUCAAUCUUGCAUAAACAAACCACUGGCAUCAUGCUAACAUGCCAGAGAUGAGAGCCAAUAAUCUUCUCAAAGCAGGUGAGUGAAGUGAAGCAUAAAACUUCUACUCUUACAGGCUGCAUAUACAUUCACUGAAAGUUCUGAAAGUAGCAAGAAAAUUAAUAUGCAGAAGCCCGAAGGUUUAGACAGAUUAUGCUGUCAAAUUGCACAAUGAUGCAGUCUAUUUCAUGUCUUAGAUUAUUUUAUGUAUCACAAUCUGCAGCAUAUCAGGCAUACUCCCUUUAGACAUGGAAGUACUAUAGAAUUGCCUACUGCAAGCUUACAAAUAGGAGUACAUUCAGAGAUGUAAUGAGAAUGCCUAUAAUGAGUUUGUAAUGUGAAUUUUCUGCACAAAAUUGUACUCCAAGUAGCAGUUCAGAUGCCUGGGCAGACGUGAAGUCCAUAAAUACUCAAUAUGUUUGUUGAUCUCAAUAUCAGUUUGAGGGAAUACAAUAUGUUGAUCUGUUUUUUUUUUUUA